CCGCCAUGGAGCUGGCCCUGGCCACCCUGCUCCUGCUCUGCAUCGCCGGCAUGCUCCUGGCCUCCGCCUGGCAGCGCCGCACCCAGCCCGGGCCGCUGCCCCCGGGCCCCACCCCGCUGCCCCUCCUGGGGAACUUCCUGCAGCUGGACAGAAAGAACUUCCUGGUCUCCUUCCAGCAGAUGUGGGAGCGCUACGGGCCGGUGUUCACGGUGCACCUGGGCCCCCGGCGGGUGGUGGUGCUGUCCGUGGCUCUAGCGUUUGACGGUUCAGCCGCGGUUCCAGGCGAGGUGUGCAAGCGUGCGGGUGCCAGUGUGUGCGCACAGACAGCCUCACUGUCCACCCACCUCUCCUUCUCCACUGCCCGCUGGCCAGGGGUGGCCUUCGCCAACGGGGAGCGGUGGCGGCAGCUGCGCCGGUUCUGUCUGAGCACCCUGCGGGACUUCGGCAUGGGCAAGCGGGGCGUGGAGGAGCGCAUCCGGGAGGAGGCCCAGUGCCUGCUGGAGGAGCUCCAGAAAACCAAAGGGGCGCCCUUCGACCCCACCUUUAACCUGAGCCGGGCCGUCUCCAACGUCAUCUGCUCCAUUGUCUUCGGGAGCCGCUUCGAAUACACCGACGAGACAUUCGUCACCCUGAACAAGCUCAUAUACCACCGGUUCCGCUUUGCAGGCUUAGCUCCCGCCCAGCUGUACAAUUCCUUCCCCGGCCUGCUGGAGAAGCUCCCCGGACCCCACCACGCGGGAAGCAAAUACUCUCGGGAGAUCAUCCGUUUCAUCACCGAGAGAAUCAAAAUGCAUCAGGCUGUGGCGGAUCUCAGCAUGCCCCAGAGCUUCAUCGACUGCUUCCUGGUGAAAAUGGAGCAGGAGAAACAGAAUCCCGCCACCGAGUUUUUCCUGGAGAACCUGGUCAUGGCCACCUUCAAUUUAUUCUUCGCCGGGACGGAGACCGUCAGCACCACCCUGCGCUACGGCUUCCUCAUCCUGCUCAAAUUCGAAAUGCAGCCCUCCAUGGCAGAGAAAAUCCACCAGGAAAUUGACGCGGUGGUGGGGCGGGACCGGACGCCCACCACGGAGGACAGGGGCCGGAUGCCGUACACGGACGCCACGCUGCAUGAGAUCCAGCGCUUCUGUGACAUCCUGCCGAUGAGCCUCCCGCACACCGUGAUCAGGGACACCUGGUUCCGGGGGUACCUCCUCCCCAAGGGGACCUACGUCUACCCGCUGCUGAGCACGGUGCAUUUCGACCCGGAACAACAUCAGGCCCCCGACACGUUCGCCCCCGAGCGCUUUCUGGACGAGAACGGCUGUUUCAGGAAGCACAACGCCUUCAUGCCCUUUUCCGCGGGCAAGCGGGUGUGUCUGGGCGAGAGCCUGGCCCGCAUGGAGCUCUUCCUCUUCUUCACCGGCGUCCUGCAGCGCUUCGCCCUCCGCUCGCCCGUGGCGCCCCAGCAGCUCAGCCUGGUCCCCGGCGUCAACAACUUCGGGAAGAUGCCGCAGCCGUACCAGCUCUGCCUCCACCCGCGCUAAGCGCCCGCCGGCCUGCCCCUCGGCCUGCUGGGGUGGGUCGGGCCGGCGCGCCUCGCAAGGCCUUUCUCCCCUGCCCCCGCCGCUCCCGGCAAACCGGAUUUCGCACCUG